ACGUAGCUGCCAGAAGGUUCCACGAUCAUAAACGCCGCUUUGCUUUACUAAUUCUGCCGCAAAAGGUUCGACAACAAAAUACGACGCUUACUCAAUUCUACCUUAUUUCACGGGACUCUUCCUGUUCUUCCUAUUCUCCCUGUUCUUGCCAUCAGCACCGUCGUUUAAGUGCCAUUUCCGAGAGGGAUGUCUAUAUCGUCUUCUCGCUAGACUAUGCAAAUCUGCUCUGUGGUGCCGGAAGAAGACAGGAUGACUCAGUGUUCUCUCGAUUUUCGAAAAUGUCGACUACUCCAUCUCCUAACGGGCUGGUGGUAAGCCUGAGUAACUCACUUCAAGCCCAUAAUUUAGUAGCCUUUGAGCUGUUUGGCUCUGCAUCCGGAAUUGAUCCUUCUAUGCAACAAUUGUUUGGAACUAGAGCAUUUGGAUUUUGGAGCAACCUCAUUAGAAUCAUUAAUUGCAACUUCUUUUUGAUGUUCAAAGUCUCUCGGCGAUUUCAUGCAUCAAAUUGUGAAGCCUUAUUGGAGAACCCAAAAGGUAUUUAUGCUUUCUUGAGUUAUUUUCCUUUUCUGGAUUUUGACAAUAUAGCCAAAAUAUUCUUUCCUUUAAAAAGAGCUGCACAAUAUCCGGCUGAGUUAUAUUACACAUUGUUGCAGCGAAAUACUUCAGUUGUGAUUAUCUAUACUUACCAAAUUGAGUUAUCAAAAGUAAACAAGAAGGAAGUCUAUACGGGGUCUUUUUUCUUUAUUCUUAUUGAUGGGGAGUUCUUUUGGUUGCUUAAAAAUUUGGCAAGAAAAUUUGGCCCCGAUAAAGUUACCACUAAAUAUGAACAGAGGCCUCCAUCGCCUCCCCGAUUUGAAUAUGUUCUUUUGGUUAACUACAUCCGUGUCUCGGGAAAGUUUUUGUAUGAGAGACGUAUUGACUGUGAGCUUUAG